AGGAGCUAUCAGGAUCUAUAUAAGGGUUUUUAGCUCUGGUCUUGUGAGACAGAAGCUCAAACCCUUUCUGCUGCAGCAAGGCUCCUCAGCAAGAUGGGCACCAUGUACUACCUCCUGCUUUGUGCUGCCAUCUUCCUACCUGAGGCUUCUGCUUUUCCAGUACAACUGAGACCAGAACCAGGGACCAGCAGAGACCUUCAGAAAAUAAAGGCAUAUCUUGAUAAAUUCUUUCCGAUUUUUACAAAAACACAAAACCUAAGCAUAGAAGAAAGGAUCAAAGAAAUGCAGAGGUUUUUCCACCUGACCAUAACUGGAAAAUUAGACACAGAAACAGAAAAAAUAAUGACACUUCCCAGAUGUGGUUUGCCCGAUGUAGCAGAAUACCAAACAUUUCCUGGAACUCCAAGAUGGAAAAAGACACAUUUAACUUACAACAUUGUCAGAUAUACAUCUGAUCUACCCAGAAAGAAAGUGGAUGAUGCAAUUAAAAGGGCCUUGAUGGUAUGGAGUGAUGUGACUCCACUGCGCUUCCAAAGAGUCUACACAGGGCAGGCAGACAUUGUGAUUGGAUUUGCACGUCGUGAGCAUGGUGAUGGAUAUCCUUUUGACGGAAGAGGUAACACACUGGCCCAUGCGUUUGCACCCGGAGAAGGGAUUGGUGGAGAUGCUCAUUUUGAUGAUGAUGAAAAAUGGUCAGAUUUCAAUCAAGAUGUCAAUUUGUUCCUUGUUGCUGCUCAUGAAUUUGGCCAUUCUUUGGGACUUGCUCAUUCAAAUGUCCCUGGAGCUCUGAUGUAUCCUCUCUAUUCAUAUCAGAACCCACAAACCUUCAGACUUCCGGCAGACGACAGGCGAGGAAUUCAGAAGUUAUAUGGGAAAAAAACAUCGAACUUUUGAAGGAAGUAAUGAAGACCAAAGAAUUCACAUCUCAUUGUUUUGUUGUUCCAAAACAAUUUUAAUCCUCUCGCUAAAUAAGAUGAUAAACUCCUGGGCUGCACCUUCUCUCCCUGAAUUUUUAUAUUGAUUUAUUUGCACUUUACAAAGUUUCACCAAACAAUAAUAAAAAAAAAGUAUACUCUG